AAUAUUGGACCGAACAGAAGAGAGGACACAGCGCCGCGCCGCCUCAACAACUGAAACAAACACUAUCCCUAAUCCCUUUCUUCCUCUCUGCACGCUCUUGCCUCCUCCGAUCUCAGUACUAGCCCAUGCGAUUGUAACCGCUGUUGCACUUGCUUCUUCACCUUCUUCACACUAUUCUCUCACUCACUCUUCUUCGUUUCGGUUCUUCAGAUCUCUUCUCCGAUUCCAGGAGAAAGCGUCUCACACUUUGAGAGACCGACCAAAAUACUGAAAAUAGAGACUCAACAAAUUGCUUCGCCUUUGGCUCUAACGUGACUAGCAAAUCAUGUUUCCUCAUUCUCGCCGAGAGUGCGUUCUCUCUCUCUGUUCAGACUUCGGAGUACGCUUCCUCUCUCACAGCUGGUUUCAUUAUGCCAUACCACUGAAGAACGAAGUUUAUCUCUCUCUUGUGACUUGUGAGCAAUUCAAAUUGCGGAGAACAGAACCUACGCACUGCAUUGGAAGAUACAAGAAUAUCAUCAGUUUCUCCUAUUCAUUAACUCCAGUUACUCACUGAAGAUAACAUUGGAAGCAUUGGGCAAUAAAAAUGAGCAAUUCCUCUGCUGGAACCUCAUCAAAACCAAGAGCAGCUUCCUCACAACCAUCAGAAACUUCGUCUAAGCGCAAAAGAGGAGUUUUCCAAAAAGAAUUGCAGCACAUGAUGUAUGGCUUUGGAGAUGAUCCUAAUCCACUUCCUGAAAGUGUGGCUCUUAUGGAGGACAUUGUUGUGGAGUAUGUCACAGAACUGGUACAUAAAGCCCAAGAUAUUGGAUCUCAGAGGGGGAAGCUAUCAGUUGAGGAUUUCCUCUAUUUGAUUCGCAAGGAUUCGCCAAAACUUAACCGCUGUACAGAACUACUUUCUAUGAAUGAAGAGCUGAAACAAGCAAGAAAGGUUUUUGAAUCAGACGAAGAGAAACUGAGGAAGGUUUUUGAGGUGGAUGACUCAGUUGAAGGAUGAAUAAUGAAGUUACUGAAAUGCACUAAUGACUCAGCUAACCUGUUCUUUGUUGGUUAUGAUGUGUUUCGCUUUUUUGAGGAUGCUCUAGAAAAUUUGUUUUAUCUUCGUACUCAAAUAUAAUGUGUACAUAAUCUUAAAAUCAACUUGUGCCUUAUACGCA